GGGCGUUUUUUUCUUCCCCUCUUCCCGUUCAGGUGGUGCGUGCUUUGCGUUCCCUCGCCAAGUUACUGGGUACCCAGUACCCGGCUACCCGGUUAGCUUUCUUUUGAGAUUCGGAGGUAGCUGUUUCUGCCCUACGUGGGAGUGAGGGGCCAGCCCCUCUUCGGCCCAGCCAACCCUGCGCGCCGAUCGCUCAUCCAUGGGCCCAACCCGGAAGUCCAACGUGUGCCGGAGGCUGAGUCGCCGGGCGCUGGGCUUCUUCGCGCGCGACGCAGGCGUGGUGCAGAGGACGAACCUGGGCAUCCUUCGGGAGCUGGUGUGCCAGGAAAGUACUAAAUUUAAGAAUGUUUGGACAACUCAUUCCAAGUCACCUAUAGCUUAUGAGAGAGGAAGAAUAUAUUUUGACAAUUAUCGGUGCUGUGUUAGCAGUGUUGCCUCAGAGCCAAAAAAACUUUAUGAAAUGCCAAAAUGUUCCAAAUCGGAAAAAAUAGAGGAUGCUUUGUUAUGGGAAUGCCCAGUGGGGGAGGUACUUCCCGAUCCAUCAGAUUAUAAAUCUUCACUCAUAGCACUGACUGCUCACAAUUGGCUACUUCGUAUAUCAGCAACUACAGGAAAAAUCCUGGAGAAGAUCUAUCUUGCUUCCUAUUGCAAAUUCAGGUACUUGAGCUGGGACACACCUCAAGAAGUCAUUGCAGUCAAGUCUGCUCAGAACAAAAGCUCAGCAGUGGCCCGACAGGCAGGCAUUCAGCAACCCAUUUUGUUGUACCUUGCAGUGUUCCAAGUUCUACCUUUUUCUCUUAUAGGCAUUCUAGAGAUCAACAAAAGGAUUUUCGGGAACGUAACAGAUGCUACUCUGUCUCAUGGAAUACUGAUUGUGAUGUACAGCUCAGGACUGGUCAGACUCUAUAGCUUCCAAGCCAUCACUGAACAGUUCAUGCAACAGAAACUUGACUUAGGGUGUGCAUGCAGAUGGGGUGGGACUACUGGAACUGUAGGAGAGGCUCCUUUUGGCAUUCCUUGUAAUAUUAAAAUCACAGACUUACCACCACUGCUCUUUGAGGUGUCAUCCCUGGAGAAUGCUUUUCAGAUUGGAGGCCAUCCUUGGCACUACAUCAUCACACCCAAUAAGAAGAAACAGAAAGGAGUUUUCCAUAUUUGUGCCCUAAAAGAUAAUUCAUUGGCAAAAAAUGGGAUCCAAGAAAUGGAGUGCUGUUCUUUGGAAUCUGACUGGAUUUAUUUUCAUCCUGAUGCUUCUGGUAGAAUAAUACAUGUUGGCCCAAAUCAAAUCAAAGUUUUAAAGCUAAAUGAAAUAGAAAGUAAUAGCUCUCAGCAUCAGAUCUCUGAGGAUUUUGUCAUUUUGGCCAACAGGGAGAACAAAAAUGAAAAUUUAGUCACUGUUACUGCUUCUGGACGGGUGGUCAAAAAAAGUUUUAACCUUCUGGAUGAUGACCCAGAACAAGAGACUUUCAAAAUUGUGGAUUAUGAAGAUGAGUUGGAUUUGCUUUCUGUGGUAGCUGUUACGCAAAUAGAUGCUGAAGGGAAAGCUCACCUGGAUUUCCACUGUAAUGAAUAUGGAACUUUACUUAAAAGCAUUCCACUAGUGGAGUCAUGGGAUGUGGUAUAUGUAUGAUUGCAUGAAUGCUGUGACUACUUCAUGCACAACCAGAGAAGUGAAAAAUUCUGCUCCAUUUAUGUACAAUGAAUAGAAGAACUUUCUUUCUACUGUCAUGUGUAGCUGAUGAGAACUAAUAAAUAAGUAAGUACAAGCUCCAAAUACAUUGCUUUUCAAGCUUUAUUUGUAAGGUCAAUAAGAAUGGUCAAAACGUGAAAAAUAAUGGUUGAAAGCCAUUCUAACACUUGAUUUUCCUGUGUGCAAUUUGUCUCCUCUUUCUACUAUAAAGAACAAAGCCAAUGAAUUAAAUUAUUUCCCAGCUCCAACCUUUUCUCUGAAAACUCACCUGUGGUCUGGGGUUUUUAGCUCAGCCAUAGAGUGCUUGCCUUGUAUGUAUGAGGCACUGGAUUUGAUCCUUAGCACUGCAAAAAUAAAUAAAUAAAAUAAUGUUAUUGUCCAUCUAAGACUAAUGUAUAUAUAUUAGUGUUCAUGUAAGACUUAUUAUAUAUAUACAUAUAUAUUCAGCUGUUACACAAUAUCUGCUUAAAGACUGCUGACAGCCUAGUGUGUACUUGUAGAGGACACUGGACCCCCUGCCACACCUACUGUAACAUCCCAAAUGUUAUAUUUGCAGAGUUUGUCUUGGUCUGAGCUACCAGCUAGAUUCCUAAUCCAGUAGUUUCCUGUUUCAGUUUCUGCUGGAAAGUUUUUUGUUUUGCUUUGUUUCAUUCUGGUGGUGCUAGGGAUUUAACCCAGACCUUGCAUGCUACAUGCCCAGUCCCUGCUGGAAAGUCUUAAGUGUCUCUCUACCUCUGGCUAGAGCUGGAAUGAUCAUAUGAUGUAUUGCCCAAACUCGGAUAGUUUUAAGAAUGAAAGGAGACGAUAAUCAUUUUACCUGAUAAUCGGCAUAAACCAAGCCUCCCUGAACCAAGGAGAACUUAUGGUCACUUUAGAUGGAGCUAAUAAAAGUAACAGGAAACUAUAAGUCUGCCCCAUUACAUAUUACUUUUUUAUGUAUUAUGCCAAUUCCCAAAAAUAAGGAAAUAAUGGACAUACUCCAUUAAAAUAAUUUCUCAUUUUCAUCUAUAAACCUAUUUGUGCCAAGGGUAAUUUUGUAUUAUACCCUGGUAUUCCAAGUUCAUACUUUUUCCUGCAGGUUACCUAUGACUUAAAUCAACCUAGCCACUAAGCUCAGGGAUCUUUUUGACAGUCCCAAUCUUAUUAUCACUGAUCUGAUUAUCAAACAGGAAAGCAAUAUAAAUGAUGGGAAAACACCAACAGAGUUAAAGGUAGGAAAACAUCUGUAAUAGAAAAGUGUAUGGAAAUUUACAGAAAUAAUUCCAAAAAUGCAAAGGGAGAGCACAGCAUGCUGGAGGUACAGGCUUUACACAUUAUCAUAAGGACUUACAGAUGAUACCAUUUAUGCAGGUUGAGAUCCUCCAGACAUGAGUUGCUCAAUUUGCCCUGUCAAAGGAGACUUUUAAUUUCCUGGUUCUAGAGCCUCUGAAUAUUGCCUCUUGUUUACCAAAGAAAUCCUAGAACAGGCCCUCAAGAUUUAAUGUGGAACUAGGUAAAGUAGAGUUCAAUUUCCUAAGUUUAAUAUCCUUCAGUACAACCAGCCUCCUCCCUGUCUGAUGUUCACUUCUAAUAGUUCCAGUCUUAUAAUUUUUUAAGUAGUGAAUCUUAAUUUAGACUAAAUGUUCCUUUUUCUGUUUGUUUGUUUUUGACCUAGGUAUUGAACCCAGGGGCACUUUAUUACUGAGCUACAUCAUCCCCAGUUGUUUUUAUUUUUUCUUAUGUAAUGGGGUCUCACUAAAUUGCUGAGGUUGACCUCAAACUUGGAAUUAUCCUGCCUCAACCUCUGAAAUUGCUGGGGCUACAGUCAUGUGCCACUGUGUCUGGCUAAAUGUUUUUUUGUUUGUUUGUUUGUUUUUUGUACCUGGGAUUCCAGGGAUUGAACCCAGGGGCACUUUACCACUAAGCCACAUCCCAGCCCUUUCUUUCUUUCUUUUUCUUUUUCUUUUUUUUUUUUUUUUUGAAACAAGGUCUCCGUUGCUUAGGUCCUCACUAAUUUACUGAGGCUGGUUGAACUUGGAAUCCUCCUGCCUCAGCAUCUUGAGACACUGGGAUUACAAGCAUUUGCUAACAAGCUCAGCUGUUGGCGAAUCAUCAUUUAAGAAUUUAACUAUGGGCCAUUUAAAAAUUCCAAUUUUGAUGGCCAGAAAAAGCCAUCAAAAUUAAUCAUCUGGGCUGGGGUACAGCACUUGCCUACCACGUGUAGGGUUCAAUCCUCAGCACCAUAUAAAUAAACAAAGGUAUUGUGUCCAUCUAAUAUAUAUAAAAUCAGCAGGAUCAGUGGUGUGCUGGGUGCAUGACUCCAGUCACUUCUACCCUUAGGUGCAGGAGUAUAUUGCUUAUGAACAUUCUUCUCAUUAGUACAUCAGGGAUUGAAAAAGCCAUACUAGGCAAAGAACUUGCAUCAAGAUCAGGACUGAAAUACAUUAAUGUGGAUGAUUUAGCUAAGAAGUUUGAUCACCGGAUAUCAUGGAGUCCUGCAAGAUGGCUUCUCCCAAGAGCAUGCUGAAAAAUGCAUAGAUGGUGACAUGAAUCCUAAAGGAUAUGGGGAUUACAGAAUAUGAACCAAGAGUUACAAAUCAGAUGUUGGAAUUUGCCUUCUAAUAUGUGACCACAAUUCUAGAUGAUGCUAAAAUUUAUUCAAGCCAUGCAAAGAAGGCUACUGUUGAUGCACAUGUGUGAUUGGUAAUCCAGUGUGGAGCUGACCACUCUUUUACCUCUCCUCUCUCAAGAGAUGUUUUAUUAGAUAUUGCAAGGCAAAGAAAUCAAACAUUUUUGCCACUGAUCAAGCCAUAUUCAGGUCCUUGGUUGCCACUUUAUAGAUAUUGCUUAACAGCUCCAAACUAUAGGCCCAAGUCUUUACAAAAAAUCACCUACUGCUGUGGGAAGAAUAACAGUUCCAAGGUUAAGUGUUAAUUCAGUUACUACCAGACGAAGUGUGCCAAUCCAACAAACCAUGUCUGUUUCAACUGAAGUAGGGACUCCAAUGUCACAGCGGAAAGUUGACAAUACAGAGGCCUAUUUCACAGUUUCCUGCCAUAAAAACCUCAAUUCAUGCAACACCAGCAGCUCAGAACGGUCUGAUUAAUCCAUUAAUUGGGCUCAAAAACAUUCUUAUUAUUUUAUGAUAAAACCAUAUUAUUGAUAUAUAUGAAUAAUAUGGUUUUAUCAUAAAAUAUUGCCAAUGGAUCGUCAAGUGCAUUGAAAAGAAACAUGAAGAUGAUGAUGAUGAUGACGAUGAUAGUGACUAUGAUUAUUUGUAAUCUAGCUUUGAUGCAUGUGUCCUAGCUUUGAUACUUGGUCUUGAAUCCAUUGUACUAAAAUUAAAGAAGGAUUCUAGAUGUUUUCAAAUUGUGUUUUACAAAAUUUCUUAUGAUGAGUACUUAAUGAGUAAAUAAUAGAUACUAUUCUAUUGAAAUGUUGGAUUUUCUUUAAUAGGACUAGUAAUGGUUUUUCAUCAGCCUUUAUGUGAGUAAAUAAAGUUGUUGCUCAUUAAAAAAAAAUAAUUAGCAGGCUCAUGAGUGCCUUCCAGCAUACUCAUGGGUUGUAUAACUGCCAAGUCCAAUUAUGUUUAUUUUAAACUUCUUUUUUGCCAGUUGUGAUUGCAAUUAUAUAAUCUAUCUAUCAUAUUGAAAAGUUUGAUUUUUCUAUCAAGAUUAAGUACUUUGGAAAGACUUGCUGAAAUUAAGGUACUAAAAAUUGCUGUCAAAUAAGGUGUGGAUAAAAUACCUGUACAAGAUUGGAAAAUGCCUUAGUUUGGGUCCACCACCACCAAAAGCAUUGCCUGAGGCAAAAGCUUAUAGGCUGUUUCCUUGGUGAGGAAUGAAGUGUCAGAGAGCAAGAAUGAGGAGCUUCCAGGGUGAAACAGAUCCAGAAGGAAAGCCAGUGUGAGGGUGUGAUAUCAGGUCUGUCACCAGUAAGUGCAACUAAAUGCUUAAUCUCAUGGACAAAUCUCUGAGAAAUCAUUAAAAACUGUCCCGGAGCAGUAUGAGUGGGAUGCAAGGUUGGGGAGAAAGGGUGAAGAACUCACCUUCCAGUUCUUACCUGUCACUCCUUAAAGGCUGACUUCUAGAAUGUCUCUCCAUAAUUUCCAGAUUGCACAGGGAGAAUUCACCUUAACAUCAAUAGGCAGGUGUUGGGGACCGCAAAUCAAGUCAAGAUGGCGCCUGGCAGUUUGCCAGGAGGAAUGGUUUGUGAGGCAAUGCCACCAAGCCAUUAAGAUGGUGGAGAUUCCUUAUUGGCUGACUGCUGUAUCUAGAUGAUGCUAAUUGAGUCAAGCUGUGUGUAAUCAGUUAGGUAUAUAUACCUAUGCUGUUCCGCAAUAAAGCGGCUCCCGCUACCUUGAGUUCCCUCUGAGUUUCCCCGCAAUAAAGCAGUUGCCGCUUCAACCUUCAAGUUGCUUGUCACCUCCCGGUUAUUGUGCCCAGCCGGACUGCGGCAGGCAGGACGAGAUAGGGACACAGGGCAGGUGGUGCCAGCAUGACGUUUUUCAGAGUCCACACAGAACAGUCUUGGUAGCUGUGACCAGAACAAGAGAGGAGUGAGGUCAAGAGAAUCCGAAUUAGCACAGGCUAUCUGGCAAAAGGAAUGAGUAACCGAAAAAAUUUGGAAGGAUUCUGGGCCCAAAUUUUUUCAGAUGUAUCUUUUAAAAUGCCAAUUCUAGGGGCUAGGAAUGUAGCUCAAUAUAAGAAUGCUUGCUUAGGACCGAGAUUCAUUCCCCAGCAAAGAAAAAAAAUUUUUGAGAAAUAUUUACCACUAAGUGCAGUUUAUGCCAGAAUGAUGGCAGAAAACACUGAUCAGCAAAUGAACCAAAAGCAAAGACCUUGAUCUUAUAAUGAAGAUACUUAAGUAAAAAGACUCAUAUUUUAAAUUGGCAUAGAAUGUUUUUAGGUUGUAUAUAUCUUUACAUAAUCCCUUUUUAACUAAGAUGUUAUGUGUACACAUGGAUUUGAACCCAGGGCCUCAUGCAUGCUCAACACAUGUUCUACCACCAAGCUACUCCAGCCCCUUAACUGACUUUUUAAAACUAACUGACCUACCAACUAACCUACCUUCCUUAAUAAUGUCAGAUAAUAGAGUUUCUUUAUUCUUUAUAAAAGAUUAAUCUUUAUGGCUCUUUCAUUACACCUUUAUCUAUAUUUCACAUACGAAAAAAUCAACCCUAUCAAAGUAUAUACUUCAUAAAGGUGUACAACAUCACCACCACUACUUAAUUCCAUAAUAUUUUUAUCCCCCCAAAAAGAGACCCUGUAUACAUUAGCAGUCACUCCCAUAUCCUCCUCCCCUAAGCCCUGGCAAUCACUUAUCAACUUUCUGACUCUAUGGAUUCGCCUAAAAUAUCUACCUUUUAGCUGUUAUCAAUAAUGCUGUGUAAACAUUUGUGUAUAAGUUUUUGUCUAGACAUAUCUUUUCAGUUCUUCUAGGUAAAUCCUUAGGAGUAGAAUACAGGGUCAGAUGGUAAUUCUGCUUAACUUUUUGAGGAACUUCCAAACUGUUUUUCAUAGCAGCUAUACCUUUUUAUAUUCCUACCACAAUGUACAAGAGUUCCAGUUUCUCAAAAUUCUGGCCAGAUGCUGUGAUUUAAAACUAUCUCCCAGUGGCCCAUGUGUUAAAGACUUGAUCAUCAGCCUGUGGUGGAACCUUUAAUAGGGCUGGGUAGAAGAAAGUUAGGUCUUAUGGAUGUGUCGUUGAAGGGGAUCUUGGGAACCUAGGGAUUCCCCUCUCCCUUUCUCUCAAAUUCUCUCAAGUUCAACACACACACACACACACACACACACACAUACACACACCAUACACCCCACUUCCUGGUCUCCAUAAGGUUGGCUGUGUAGUUCCAUAACACCCUGCCAUGGUAUUCUAUUUAUUUAUUUCUUUGUUGGUUCUUUUUAGUUGUAUAUGACAGUAUAAUGCAAUUUGACAUAAUUACACAAGCAUGGAAUAUAUCUUAUUCUAGUUAGAAUCCAUUCUUGUGGAAUUCACUAUGAUGUUUUCAUAUAUGUACAUAAGAAAAUUAUGUCAGAUUCCUUUUCUUGUCUCCCCUCCCUUUCCUCUAUUCCCCAUUAUCUAAUCUACUAAACUUCUCCCCCUGCCCCGCCCCCACUUAAGUGGGUUAGCCUUCACAUAUCAGAGAAAACAUUCAACCUUUGGCAUUAUGGGAUUGGCUUAUUGAUUUAGCAUGACACAGGCCCAGAAGCAAUGGAACCAAUUGACCAUGAACUGAAACAUCUGAAACCAUGAGCCAAAAUUAACCUUUUUUCUUUCUUUUUUUUUUUCAUAUUUAUUUGUUAUUUGUAGAUGGACACAAUACCUUUUUUUUUUUCAUUUUUAUGUGGUACUUAGGAUCCAAACCAGGGCCUUGCAUGUGCUAGGCGAGCACUCUACCACUGAGCCACAACCCCAGCCCAAACCUUUUUUCUUUUUAAGUGUUUUAUCUUAGAUAUUUUGUCACAGAUACAGCUGCUUUAUUUCAUUUUAUUUUAUUGUAGCUAACCUGGGUGGUGUGAAGUGAUCUUUCGUGGUUUUGAUUUGUAUUUCCCUAAUGACUAUUGGUAUUGAACAUUUUUUUAUGUGCUCCUUGGUCAUUUGUAUAUCUUCUUUGAAGAAAUAUCUACUCAAAUUCAUGGCCAAUUUUUAUUGGGAUUUUCUUUUAUUGUUGAUUUAUGAAUUCUUUAUAUAAUUCUGGAUACAGAUCCCUUAUUGGAUAUGUGAUUUGCAAAUGUUUUAUCAUUCUGUGUGUGUGUGUGUGUUUCUUGAAGCACAAAAGGUUUACAUUUGCUGAAGUCCAAUUUUAUCUUCUUUUGAUGGUGCUCUUAGUGUCACAUCUAAGAAAUCAUUGCCUAAUAUAAGUUCUCAGAGAUUUACUCCUAUGUUUUCUUCUAAGAGUUUUCAGAUAGCUCAUAUAUUACAUUGAUUAUUUUAAUCUACAACUUGGAAUGAAUGGAAUUUAGUAUUAACAUUAUUUACUUUCUUACUUCCUCCUCCUAUUAUCUAGGAAACAAAGGGCACUUUCAUUCUAAGUUCAUUCACAAAUAUGAGACUGGUUACUGCCCCAUGAGGGGUGAGCAAGAGAGCUAUGAGGAUAUUCCUGGGAGCCCACUUUGAAGUAGGAGUGGUGAUAGAAACAAGCCCUAGCCAUUAGCUUCAUGUGGAGCUGGAAGAACAAAAUUUCAGCCAUUCCUUAAGAGGAAGUGUGGGAGACACACAAAAGUACUGCCAAUUUGCAAGUCCAGGCACUGAAUGGAUCUAUCUAUUCCAAGUUCUAAAGUGUGUUUCCCAGAGUUCAAGUGGAUAUGGUUUUCAUAUGCUUCUACAGUGAGUAAAUACACAUUUCAUAGUCCAGUGAAAUAAUACCUGUUAUUUUAUAAAUGUUGACACUAAUAGGUGGCAGUGAAAUAAUGACUGUAUUAUAAGUUUGCAUGAGUUUCUUUCUAAAAAUUUAUCUUGGAAUUCAUCAAUAUGCUGUGAUAAAUAUCUGUUACCCAUUUUGAACUUAAUAGACUACAUGGAAAUAUUUAAGAAUACUUUUGAGUCAUCUCAAAGUAUUAACUAUCAAAUUUAUUUAGGCAAUAACCUCUGUGGCUAUUUCAUGAGUUUGAUCACCAUACUCAUUAGGUAUUAGAUCUUCAAAGAACAGCAUUGUUAAUUAUAUUUUUAAUGAUAUAGGAAUAAGCUAUGAUUCAUUUUAGCUACUACUGAUACCUGCUAUUAGGCAAGGAGAUGCAACUAGGAAGUAAAAUUUCUAGUUGACUAUUGCAAUUAUAAACAGAUUGAUGGAGCAAAGCUAUUUUCAUAUAGGCCCAUAUUAAUCAAAAUUGUAUUGAAUAAGGGCUGGUGAUAUAGCUCAGUUGGUAGAGUGCCUGCCUUGCAUGCACAAGCCCUGAGUUCAAUCCACAGCACCGCCAAAAAAAAAAUAAAAUUCUAUUGAGUAAGAAAUUCUAUAUUUAGGUGGGUUCAAAAGCAUAUAGUACCUGAUAGUUCUUCUUUUUUUAAAAAAAAAAAAAAAAAAAAAGCACCCUACUGACUAAGCUAUAUUCUCAGCCCUGAUCUGUAAUCUCUCUUUUUUUUUUAAUAUUUUAUUUACAUUUUAGUUUUCAGCAGACACAACAUCUUUGUAUGUGGUGCUGAGGAUCGAACCCGGGGCGCACCCAUGCCAGGCGAGUGCGCUACCGCUUGAGCCACAUCCCCAGCCCCCUGAUAGUCCUUCUAAUAAAAAAUGUUAUAUGGGUAUGGUGUUACAAUUAGUGUGUUUUUAAUACCUAGGGCUAUGCUCAUUUGGGUUUUUUUUUUUUUUUAACCUAUUGAUGUUUCAAGGAGAAUCAAUAGAUUUAUUUGGAGAAAGAGGAAUUGACAGAGUUAUUUUUAACAAAAUUGCCCAGACUCAUGAAGGAGUAUGAAUGAACAACUCUGCAGAAUAAGGAAACAUCCUUAAAUGCAGCAGAUAUCUAAGGUAUUAGAAGCAGGUAGAAAUGCCUCGUUUGGGAUUGGACUGAAUCAGGAUACAACUGAGAACUAGAAACUUGGGAAUCACAGUUCAGUAAUGCUCGUUGACCGAUGAGCCAUAUCACAAAGGAAAGAACUUAGUUUGAAAUGGUUUCCUGACAAUAUCUUUCCUUAGGUUAAGUCUAUUUCAAGAAAGGGAUCUGGAUCCCUUCGAAGACCAACAGAAAUUAUUGUAAACCACCAUGUCUCAAUGCCAUUUAGAUAUGCUGUAGUAGGGUAACUUACAGUUCUAUUGCAGUUAUUAAAUUCAAAAUAUUCAAAAAUGAAAAGUAAAUCUCCUUCUCAUCCUUUUCCUGGGUCUGUUUCUGGGUUCUCUCUGAUCUUUAUCUUUUACAUUUAGAGCAACAAUCCAGCUGGAAUUGAUUGAUUUUUAUUGGUGGUGUGAGAUGGGGUCUAACUCUCCCUCCUUUCACACACACACACACACACACACACACACAAACAAUUAAUCUAGUACUACAAGUGCCACAUUUACAGUAAUACUUUUGCCAUAUAUUAUGUGUCUACAUGUGGUGUCUCUGUUCUGAUCUGUUGACCUAUUAGUAUCUUCAUCAGUAUCAUACCGUCUCAAUUACUAUAGACUUGUAUAGACUUGUAUUGCCGCAGUCUGUCUGGGCACAAAAUAACCGAGCCACCACACAAGCCUUGUAGAUUCAAACAGCAACUCUUUAUUCCCGAACUCUCACCGAAACUCUACACGCACGUUCUGGGAAAAAUACACUUCCUCCACCAAUUCUCUCAGAACCCCCCAAGAACUCCAGGGGAACUCAAGGAGCCGGCGCCUGAGGCAGCAGGAUAUGCCCUAUUCCCAGCAGGAUCCACCCUAAACCUGGAGCCACCCUAAUCCAGCAGGAUCCACCCUAAACCUGGAGCCACCCUAAUCCAGCAGGAUCCACCCUAAACCUGGAGCCACCCUAAUCCCUGAGCAGGGUCACCUUUCUGAACAGUUUCAACCCAAAAAUGCCAUGCGUCAUUUCCAACUUGGCUAUGGCUCUCAGCAUUGUAUCAUGUCUUAAUAUCUAGUAGAGUAUGUAUGCCACAUUAUUGUUUCUCAGGAGUCUCAUGUCUAGUCUUGACCCUGCCAUGAACGUUUUAGAAUCUGUUGCCAAUUCCACAAAAAUAAACUCAUUGCAAUUUUGACAAGGAUUGCAUUGACUCUGUUGACAGGUUUAGGAAGAAAUAACAUCUUUACUGUUUUAAGUCUUCCCAUACAUUAAUAUAUUUUAUUCUUUAUUCAGGUGAUUUUCAAUCUUGUAAGGGUAAAAGAAAUUGAAGUUAAAGCGUAAAAGUUAAAGGGUAAAAGACCGGGUGUUGUAAAAGUUUCUAAGCUGCAAGGUCUGAGUUAGCUGUUAAGACAAUGCUUAGAACCGCCCAGUAAACAUUUCCCCUGAUUGUCUGGUUGUUUAAUAACUGAAGGGGUCUGUGUGGUUGCACGCAGGCAUUGCAGGGCCUGGACCAAUCAGUUUAAAUGUAACCCCCUCCUUAGGAAUGACCUAUCACUCCAGCCUGACCUGUUCCCGCCAAUGAAUGAACUAAUCAGGUUUAGGAGUUGUUGUUCAAUUUUCCCGCGCCUCAUGAUGAUUUGUUCUGAUGUAUACAAAGCCCUCCACCCUCCCCAAAAAGUGUACUUAAGCAGUGCUCAGCCCCUGCUCGGGGCUCUGGGCUGCUUUCCCUUCUUGAGUGGGCACGGAGCCCCAGCAUGCUGGUUCAAUAAAUCCCCCUUCUGCCAA